AUGGGCCGUCCCAAAAAAUAUCACACUACAGAAGAAAAGCUACGCGCUAUUCAAGAUAAAACUCAAUGUUAUUAUGCAAAACAGGAGAUAUCUGCUUGGCGAAAACUUAGCUAUCAACCCCAAUCCAGUCGCUGCGAUAGGGAUAAGCAGGAAGCUUUUCGGACUGCCCCACAAACUACAUCACUCUCUCAAAUUCGAAACACAAACCGGUCAGCCGCCCACCAACCAGUCCCAUCUUCGACAAGUAAAUUCACAACUCGACUGAAGAAAAUACGGAAUAUCAGCCAAUACGAGGUUACACCAAUUCCUGUCACCAUACCUACGCCUGCCCCUCCCCCAGACCCCUUCCCAAAAUUCAAUGCAGAAGCCUUGACGGUCCUACAGGAGUUUGAAGAUUUCCUUGUAGGCAAGGCACCUUCCGACUACGUCAAGUCUCUCCUCUGUCGCUAUUUCAAGGACAACUCUCGGCGGCAAGGCGAGAUAGGCCUCUUUGUGGAGCCUUUGGAUGACCUUUAUGAGAUGCAGAAGGCAUAUGAGUCUAUUUUGGCGAAGGCACUACAAACGGACAGCCCCAGUGAGCACCAAAAAAAAUUGGAAUCUGCAGGAGAGAAGAUUGGACAGCUUAUUUCGUGGUUGGAGGACAUAUGGCGCGUUGCAAUCGAUGGUCCUUAUAAUUUACAUGUCACAUACAACAACUACAGGCUAGUGUGGCAAAGAGAGGCGAAGAUGUAUAUAGCUGUGUAG